AUCUCUUCGUUUCAGAAGCUCGCGCGAACCUGCAGCGGUCCGGACGGGUGACAGAAAGCUGGGACUCAUCGGAUCACGACUGUAGGGACACCAUCGCGUGCGCGAUGUAGCCUUGCAGUGCAAAGAUUCUUGCGCAGUUGUUUGAAGUGAUGCAAUAACUUAGGGACGACAGGAAAUGUGCGAAGUUUGUGGCAGCUAAGUGUUUCUAGACUAAUUGUUAUUUUAUUUUAUUUUUUAACUUGCACCUCAGCACCUUUAUUGCUGCUAUACCGCGAAGGGAUGGAUCUCACGAUGAACAACAAACGGGACCUAAUGUAAUCAAGAGCCGAGCCAGUGGAUCGGUGCUUCUUGGACGUCCCUGCAGCGCUUUUCUUACCGGCCACGUCCGCGAUCGGCUCAGCUGCGGCCGGUGGCCGAUGUUGCAGCAGAUAUGAGUGUUGGACCAAGAUUUGUCCCUGUUGCACUUUUUCUUGGAAUUGUUCUCACUCGCUGUGGCCACUGCAACCAAGUUGUGCUGCUGGAUACAACGUCUGUGCUUGGAGAGCUCGGAUGGAAGACGUAUCCUAUAAAUGGGUGGGAUGCCAUCACAGAGAUGGACGAGCACAAUCGGCCCAUUCAUACCUUUCAGGUGUGCAAUGUGAUGGAGCCCAACCAGAACAACUGGCUUCGAUCCAACUGGGUUUCUCGACAAGCAGCCCAAAAAAUCUAUGUGGAGCUUCGCUUCACCUUACGUGACUGCAACUCCAUCCCUUGGGUGUCAGGCACGUGCAAGGAGACCUUCAACCUCUUCUAUCAUGAGACUGAUGAGGCACACAGUGUAAAAUUCAAACCUGCUCAGUACACCAAGAUCGACACCAUCGCCGCAGAUGAGAGCUUUACUCAGAUGGAUCUUGGAGAUCGCAUUUUGAAGCUCAACACUGAGGUGCGCGAGGUGGGACCCAUGACCAAGAAUGGCUUCUAUCUUGCAUUCCAGGACAUUGGGGCCUGCAUUGCUCUGGUCUCAGUGAGAGUCUACUACAAGAAAUGUCCAUUCACUCUGAGAAACCUGGCCUCGUUUCCAGACACGGUGCCUCGGGUGGACUCAUCCUCAUUGGUGGAGGUGAGGGGGGCAUGUAUAGACCAUGCGGAAGAAAGGGACACACCCAAGCUCUUCUGUGGGGCUGACGGUGACUGGUUAGUCCCCCUGGGAAGAUGCGUCUGCAGUGUCGGGUAUGAGGAGGUCGACGGCUCCUGCAUUGCAUGCCAGCCAGGCUUCUACAAAGCUUUUGCUGGAAACAUCAAGUGUUCAAAGUGCCCCCCAAAUAGUUUAAGCUAUGGAGAAGGUGCUGCAGUCUGCCGAUGUGAAGUUGGGUAUUUCAGGGCCGGAAAAGAUCCUCCAACUAUGGCUUGCACACGCCCUCCGUCCCCUCCACGUAACUUACUUUUCAACCUCAAUGACACAUGUCUGAUGCUGGAAUGGUCACCCCCCAGUGACACCGGGGGUCGCAGAGACCUCACCUAUAAUGUCCAAUGUAAACGCUGUGGUCCAGAGCCUGACCAGUGUCACCUUUGUGAGGAAGAGCUGCGUUUCCUCCCACAACCGUUAGGCCUGACUACCGCCUCAGUCACCGUCAUGGACUUCUCUGCGCACGCUAAUUACACCUUUGAGAUUGAAUCACUCAACGGUGUUUCAGACAUGAGCUCAUUUCCUCGGCAGGUCGCCAUCAUUACCGUCAGCACUGACCAGGGUGGUCCAUCACUGGUGGGGUCUCUAAAGAAGGACUGGGCCUCUCCCAACAGCAUUGCGCUCUCCUGGCAGCAGCCCAAAGAAACAACGUUGCCCAUCCUUGACUACGAGAUCAAAUACUAUGAGAAGGAACAUGAGCAGCUGAGUUACUCUUCAACAAGCACAAAGGAUCCUAGUGUGAUCAUCACAGGCUUGAAACCAGCCACCUGGUACGUCUUCAGUGUCCGUACCCGCACACCAUCUGGAUACAGCUCCUAUGCCACCAGAUAUGAAUACAAAACUACUGGAGACUCAUCAAACCUGGCCUCUGACCAAGGUCAGGUUUUGGUCAUCGUUACUGCUGCAGUGGGUGGCUUUACCCUCCUCGUCAUCCUCACCCUCUUCCUCCUCAUUACGGGAAGGUGUCAGUGGUACAUAAAGGCUAAGAUGACCUCCGAGGAUAAGAGGACCAAUUAUCAGAAUGGACAUGUUCCUUUCCCGGGGAUUAAGACCUACGUGGACCCUGACACUUAUGAAGACCCUGCGCAGGCCGUCGAUGAGUUUACCAAGGAGAUCGACCCAUCUCGGAUCCGCAUUGAGAGGGUGAUUGGAGCCGGUGAGUUUGGAGAGGUGUGCAGUGGUCGCCUGAGAACACCAGGGAAAAAGGAGAUUGCAGUGGCAAUAAAGACACUGAAAGGUGGCUAUGUGGAGCGUCAGAGGCGGGACUUCCUGCGCGAGGCUUCUAUCAUGGGGCAGUUUGACCACCCCAACAUCAUCAGGCUGGAGGGUGUAGUCACAAAAAGCAGGCCUGUGAUGAUUGUCGUGGAAUAUAUGGAAAAUGGAUCAUUGGACUCAUUUUUGAGACAACACGAUGGUCACUUCACUGUCAUUCAGCUGGUUGGCAUGCUGCGUGGCAUCGCCUCAGGAAUGAUGUAUCUGUCAGACAUGGGCUAUGUUCAUCGAGAUCUGGCAGCUCGAAACAUCUUAGUCAACAGCAACCUGGUGUGUAAAGUGUCAGACUUCGGUCUGUCCCGAAUCCUGGAGGACGAUCCCGAGGCUGCGUACACGACAACGCAGGGUGGGAAAAUUCCGAUCCGAUGGACUGCUCCAGAGGCUAUCUCAUACCGAAAAUUCUCCUCAGCCAGUGAUGCGUGGAGUUACGGCAUUGUCAUGUGGGAAGUAAUGUCCUAUGGGGAGCGGCCAUAUUGGGAGAUGUCUAAUCAGGAUGUGAUUCUGUCUAUCGAGGAGGGCUACCGGCUUCCUGCACCAAUGGGUUGCCCUGUGGCACUCCACCAGCUGAUGCUGCACUGCUGGCAGACAGAAAGAAGCCAUCGGCCCAGAUUUGCAGAUGUGGUCUCCUUCUUUGAUAAACUCAUUCGCAACCCCAGCAGCUUAUUGCCUCUGGUAGAGCACAUUCAGAGUCUACCAGAGUCUCCUGGGGAAGAAAUGGACUACCCACUGUUCAUCUCCAUUGGCGACUGGCUGGACUCCAUCAAAAUGAGUCAGUACAAAAGCAACUUCAUGGCAGCGGGCUACAACACGUUGAAUUCUGUAGCGAGGAUGAGUAUUGAAGAUGUGAGGCGUAUCGGGGUGGAUCUGAUCGGCCACCAACGGAGGAUCAUCAGCAGCGUACAGACCGUCCACCUCCAGCUACUGCACGAACAGGAGAAAGGCUUCCACGUAUGAGGUCGCCCUUUCACAUGGCCUGGGACCGACACAUUGAUGGAGCACAUGGCAGUGAAGUCUAGACUGGGAGAGAAACACUUUAUAGCGGAGGUCAUUGGAUUGGACAGACUGCCUCCCGGGCUUUCUUUAUCCUUCAGUAGUAAUGGACUCUUUUUCUACUACACACCCCUUACCCAGUACACCUACCUGGUCUGGCCAGACUAUUUUUAAACCGCCCGAUAAACUUUACAUUCUGGCUCAGGCCCUCAUUUAGGGGAAUGUAAUGCCUCGUUACAGCUUCGGUAUUUUCUGUGUGGAGGUAAAUUAUCUUAGAUAUUUAGAUUUACGAACAUAAUCUACUGAAUCUUUGGGUUUUUCUUUUCUUGCUCAUGUAGCUGCUCCUCGGUGUGUAAAAGAUACGUUUUUACCCUCUGGGGGAAAUGCCCUUACCACUUUUCAUUUUGUAAUAUGAUCAUUUAUCAUGAAGGUAUGUGCAUUUCUUGACUCUCUCGCGCUCUCCGGAGAGUCUGGUACAUCAUACUUGAAGAAAGUGGUGAGAAGCAAGUCAAGGAGACUUCUUGAAUGUUGAAGUGUAUAGACUACUAAUCAGUAAUUAUUAUCAUAACCUUAUAUCUGUAUAUAUGUGCAGAUCUAUAUGUCAAAGCCCUAGUGAAUCUCAACUUUAUUUCAAAUGGUAUUUAUUUAUGUCAGUUCAGCAGUAAUCAUGCAGUCACACAGAGAGAUGAACAAUUGUGUGAUGGAAGACUUCAAAACAUGGCGCUUACGCACCAUCCAUGUUUUUAGUGCCGCAUGCCAAGCUCGCUAAACUGGAUUUGUUGCCUUCACAUGGGGGAAAAGAAAAAGGGAAAAAAAGUCAAAAUUAUUUGAAAUAUGGAUUUCAAGAGUUGCCCUACAGAACAAUCACCACUGUCUUAACACAAGAAUGUUCACAUAACUCAUAAAUACAGUAUAUUAGUUCAUAUUACCAAAUAUAUUACAUAGACUUUUAUGGUGCUUGAGAAUUAUGAGAAAUACUUUCAGUAAAAGGUAUUGUUCAUUUGCACACACGUGAUUAAUGGCCAGAACUAACAGUGCGUGUUCAGUACGAAGCCACUGGCUGCGUUUUACAGUCGUUCUGCUAGGCCACUGUGUGCUUACCUUGUGAUCAUGUAAAGGUUGUGGAAUUUGUGGCAGUAUAGGACUCGAAGUGUACAUAAAAGUAGUCUGAAAUGAAACUUUUGGAUUUGCAGUAGUUGAUGUCAUGUCGUCAGAUGUUUGCCAUUGGAAUUAUUUAUCUUCAUUCUGAGAAAGAAUGGUACACGGGCGGUGGUAUAGAAUAUAAAUAUUAUAUAUAAAUAUGAAUCAAAGCCUUUCUUGGUGGGAUUAUGGAAGCCAGCGAGACUGGCAGCUUUUCAAACUUAUGACUAAGUUAGCAGAGAGAGCACGAACAUAAACGGCACCAUCCUAAUUUAAAUUUGUCCUUCAACUAGCGACAGUAAAAUGCACACACAUGUAUGCCUUACACUCUGUUAACAUUUUAGGAAAUAUGUUUCAGUGGAAUCGAAUGAUCUAGUCCUGAAAUUAAGUUAUAGACCAUAUCCAUAACAGUAAAUAAACUGGCUCUAGAGAACAAAGUCACAGUAUGCCUCCAGCCAUCAGCUAUAAGAAAGUUACACAAUAUAUACAAUAUAUACGGUACAUUACAUGCACUCAACCCCUCUACAGUCAAUGGAGAAUAUCAGAUGCUGUUUGUUAAGCAUGUUCUACUGCUGAGCAAUGUUAGAACAUUCUUUUGUACAAAGUACAAGUAUACUAAUGAUUAUAAUUCUUGUAUUUUAUUUUUUUAUAAUUUCCAAAGAGUUGUAGAUCUUGCACACUGUACGAGGCCGUUACUGCGGAUAUUUAUUUGCAAAAUAAAGUUGAAAAGCUCUG